AUGGAUGUUUUCUACGCCUACACCUAUUCCACGGCCGGCUGGCUUGGACUCCAGAGCUUGGCUCUGAUCGCUGUGCCGGAGAUGAUGACCACAAUGUUGUUGACCGAAACCCGCGACCCUUCCGCGCUCGAAACAUACUUCUCCCGCUGCUUGGGAUUCAGUCUCCUCCUCAUCGCCGUUCUUACGGUCAUGCUUACCGGGUCCGUGCCCUUGACCACCUCCAUCGCGCAACCCGUCACCACGGAUGAUUCCGACCCCAAGGCCCCCUAUGCCGUGCCGACCAUGAUGGUUACGACCGUCUUCCACGGCGCGUCAGCGGCCUACGCAUACAUCUGGUGGGUGGCUACGGGCCAGAUCGCCUACGCGGUCGGGAUGAUCGGAUACGCCGCCAUUGCCUUCGUCGGGGUGUGGUGCGCGCUGUUUGCGAGCAGCGGGGGCAAGAUCAACCGCAAGACUGGCGUCGAUAACCGAAGCAGUGGCUUCCCGUUCGCCAACCAGGAGGCCGACAAGAGGUUUGCGGGGAAGAAGUCUUUGUAA